UCAAAUCAUAUCUUUAUAAAAUAUCCUAAAUAGUCAACCCACUAUGACAGGAAACCCUAAUCUUCAUGCAUAUAUAUAAAAACGCUCCAUAUUCGUCGUCUGAAAGGUAUUUAACUACACCUAUCGAGCGAAGCUUGGAGAGAUCAUAAUAUAUCACAGAGAUGAACGUAAAACUUAAGCUUAUUUUAGUUGCUAUCAUGGUGGUUAUGAUAAUUGCAUGCUCUUGUUCGGAUGCGAGGACUUCCAUUCCACGAGAAAAUAGUCAAGAAAAGGAGAAAAUAUCUCGAGAGAUGACAGGGAAAGAAGAAGAUUUAACUGAGAAAAUAGAGCACCCCAGCAGCAGUGUCGAGAAUCACCAUUACAUCCCCAGACAAGAUUUCAACAACUACGGACCUGGAGGUGAUAACAAUGGAGGAUAACUAAAUCAAAUCGUUAAAAACUAAAUCAAUAUAUAUAUAUAUAUAUAUAUAUAGAUGUCAAAGAAAUAUAUACUAUAUAUGACAAAUAAAACAUGGAUGUAUGUGUAUGUAAAAUUAUACAGUAUGAGGCCAGCACACUGUAUGAGUCCUCUCUUAUGUAUAAUAAGCCCUUUUAGUUA